CAUAUAGAUUGCACCUGAAAGAUGCUAAAGGUGAAAUGUUUCCUGAUAACCACGAGAUGAUAUUGACAGGUACUUCAAACUAUACAGCAUUUGUCCCCAAAGAACCUGCUAAAAGUGUUUUUCUUCGAAAUAACAAAUUUAUUUUUAUCUGUGAAAUUGAGAUCUUUGGCGAUAUCCUCUGUAACGGGAGAAAAUAUGGUCGUGAAUGUGAAAAAGACUGCUUUUGUUUCAACCAAUCAGAAAAGUGUAAGGUCAGUACAGGAGGCUGUGUGUCAGGUUGUCCUGUUGGCUACUCUGGGGAAGAUUGCAAGUCGGAUUGCCCUGCUGGGACGUUUGGUAAGAAAUGUUCAAGAAAAUGUAACGAACACUGUGGCCAAGAUGGCAGCUGCGAAAGAAUCAAUGGAACCUGUCUGCACAAUUGUCAAGCUGGUUACUUGGGAGAUUUUUGCAACCUAACUUGUCCAUCUGGUCAGUAUGGUCAGCAGUGCCAACACACUUGUAGCCCUAAUUGUAAAGCCUCUAACCAAUGUGAUUUUGUCAGUGGGUCAUGCCUUGGAGGAUGCAUUCAUGGAUACAAGGGACAUAACUGUAGUGAGAAGUGCCCAUCUGGUCAGUAUGGUCAUUUGUGCCUAAACAUCUGUAGCCUAAAUUGUGGUGGAAAUGAAAAAUGUGAUCAUGUAAAUGGUUCUUGCCUGGAAGGCUGUAAAGAAGGAUUUACAGGACAUCACUGUAACGAAGUGUGUCCAUCUGGUCAUUAUGGUCAGCAAUGCAAAUCAAGAUGUAGUCAGAACUGUGGAGGUAAUGAAAAAUGUAGCCAUGUCAAUGGGUCCUGUCUAGAAGGAUGUAAGGACGGAUACCUAUGGGAAUAUUGUCUUGAUAUGUGUCCAUCUGGUCAGUAUGGUCAGCAAUGCAAAUCAAGAUGUAGUCAGAACUGUGGAGGUAAUGAAACAUGUAGCCAUAUCAAUGGGUCCUGUCUGGAAGGGUGUAAGGCUGGAUACCAAGGGCAUAAUUGUUCUGACACUUGUCCCUCUGGCAUGUAUGGUCAGCAGUGCAAAAUCAGAUGUUUCAAUUGCAGAGAUGAAAGCUGUAACCAUACUAAUGGCGCAUGUCUAGAAGGCUGUAAAGAUGGAUUCAAGGGACAACAAUGUUUUGAUAAGUGUCCAUCUGGUCAGUAUGGUCAGCAAUGCCAACACUUUUGCAGUCCUAAUUGUCAAGGGACUAAAACCUGUAAUCAUAUCAAUGGAUCAUGUCAAGACGGUUGUAAAGAUGGAUACAAGGGACAUAACUGUUCUGAAAGCUGUCAAUCUGGAUGGUAUGGCCAGGGAUGUCAACACAUCUGUAGUCAAAACUGUGGUGGAAAUAAAACUUGUAAUCAUAUCAAUGGGACAUGUCUUGAAGGAUGUAAAAAUGGAUACAUUGAACAUGACUGCAGUGAGAUGUGUCCAUCUGGUCGCUAUGGUCCACAAUGCCAACAAAGAUGUAGCCCUAACUGUGGAGGCAAUGAAGAAUGUAACCAUGUAAAUGGAUCUUGCCUGGAAGGUUGUAAAGAUGGAUACCAAGGAGAGAGUUGUGUUGAAAAGUGUCCAUCUGGUCAGUUUGGUCAGCAAUGCCAACACUCUUGCAGUCCUAAUUGUCAAGGGACUAAAACCUGUAAUCAUAUCAAUGGAUCAUGUCAAGACGGUUGUAAAGAUGGAUACAAGGGACAUAACUGUUCUGAAAGUUGUCAAACUGGACGGUAUGGCCAGGGAUGUCAACACAUUUGUAGUCAAAACUGUGGUGGAAAUAAAACUUGUAAUCAUAUCAAUGGGUCAUGUCUUGACGGAUGUAAAGAUGGAUACAAGGGACAUAACUGCAGUGAGACAUGUCCAUCUGGUCAAUACGGACAGAACUGUGCACACAGUUGUAGUGUAAACUGUUGGGGAACUAGAAGCUGUAACCAUAUCAAUGGCUCAUGUAUGGAAGGAUGCCAAGAUGGAUACAAGGGACAUAACUGUACUGAAACGUGUCCAUCUGGUCAGUAUGGUCAGCAAUGCCAAUUCAACUGUAGUGUUAACUGUGGAGGAAGUGGACGCUGUAACCACGUCAGUGGAUCAUGUUUGGAUGGAUGUCAAGAUGGAUACAAAAGAUAUAAAUGUACUGAGAAAUGUCCAUCUGGUCAGUAUGGUCAGAGUUGCCAACGAGUCUGCAGUGAAAAUUGUGCGGGAAAAAAACCCUGUAAUCACAUCAAUGGAUCAUGUCUGGAAGGAUGUCAAGAUGGUUUCAUGGGACAUAACUGCACAGAGAAGUGUUCGUCUGGUUACUAUGGUCCACGAUGCCAAGAAAGAUGUAGUCCCAAUUGCCUAGGAAAGGAAAAAUGUCACCAUAUAAAUGGCUCAUGUCUGGAAGGCUGUCAAGACGGAUUCAAGGGACAUAACUGUACUGAAAAAUGCCCAUCUGGUCAGUAUGGUCAGAGUUGCCAACGAGACUGCAGUGUAAAUUGUGUAGGAAUUAAAAACUGUAAUCACAUCAAUGGCUCAUGUCUGGAAGGAUGUCGAGAUGGUUUCAUGGGACAUAACUGCACAGAGAGGUGUCCAUCUGGCUAUUAUGGUCCACAAUGCCGAGAAAGAUGUAGUACCAAUUGCCUAGGAAAUGAAAAAUGUCACCAUAUAAAUGGGUCUUGUCUGGAAGGAUGUCAAGAUGGAUAUCAGGGAUAUAACUGUACUGAAACUUGUGUCUCUGGCUACUUUGGAUCUGAAUGUAAUGAAAUCUGUAAUGCUCAAUGUAACAUCACAUGCCAUCCUGUGUCUGGAUACUGUCUUGGUGGAUGUAUUGAUGGAUAUAUGGGAGACCUAUGCAAUGAAACAUGUCAGUCAGGAACGUUCGGACCAAACUGUAGUGAAAUUUGCCACACCAACUGUAAAAGAGGUGUGUGUCAUCAUGUCAAUGGAAGCUGUCUGGAAGGAUGUGCUGGUGAUUACACAGGACACACCUGUUCAGAAGCUUUGCCUGUUGCAUCAAUGAGUGUUGACAGCACCAUGGCCAUUGGUGUGGGAAUGGGAGUCGGAGUUUUAAUUACUGUGUCUUUGGUGGGUGUCCUAGUGGCCUCAGCUAUGAAACAGGCAGUCCCAGCAGGAAUGAACAAAUUGAUGGUCAAUCAGUGACAGACUUGAGUUUAUGGCGCAGGUAUUUUUGGUGCUUGGAAACACAAGAAUCAAAGUUUAGGAAGAUAUUUCUUCAGUGAUGGGCCAUUUUUAGCCUACUUGUUACACAUGUCAGUGAUAUCUUACUUGCCAACUAAUAAUGGUUUUUGUAAUAGUAAGAACAGCUAGUUCUACCAAUUUUGAUAGAAGAAGAUUCAACUACACAGCCUUUCACUAUUUGGACUAUACAAGUUUGUAGAAUUCCUAUUUGUACUGUGAUAGGUGCAGGACUUUGUGAAUAUGCUUUUGUUCACUACCUAGUAUUUUAAUUAUUCCUAGUAUUGAUUGUCUCUAUAUUAAGCUUGAUCUUCAAGUUCGAAGACAGAAAAGAUUUUUCCCCAAACUGACAAUUAGAGAUAAUGCCUAUGCUUGCUAAGAAGCAUUUUAGGUUUUAUUUCCAUCAUUAAGACCUAUCUGUUCAAAAAUUCUUUAGAUUAGUUUUUCAUUUUAGAUCUCGUGUUUAUGUUUGUAAUGUUAUCACAGCGCCUUGAGCCUACACUGUGUUUGUUAACAGUGCUUUAUUAUUAUUAUUAUCUGUCCCUAUUUUUUUCUUUUUAUAUAACUUGUAUCUGCGGCUCAAUUGAACACAAGUAACAUUGGUUGAAAUUUUAAUCUAAUUAAUUUUUUUUGUUUAAAGAUCGAUGGUAACUUUUAACGUCCUGAUUGAGAUGUUCUGCCAUUUUACUCAUCCGUCAGGUUUACUCUCAAAUACUGAAACAAAGAGCCUUUGAAAUACUCUUUAAACAAGUGCAACAGCUACUUUUGAUGAUCUGGUUUAUUGUAUUUCUUAGCAUGAUUAUACAUACAAGCCGUUUUAAAAUAAGAGGCCAUUUAGCUCAUGCUUAUAUUUACAAGAUUUAAAAAAGGCAGUUCAUGUUGCUCGCUAAUUGUAUAGAAAAUAGGUCAUGCACAGCUCAAGCUAGAUUACAAAAGAAAUCGACUUAAAGAAUCAGUGUUUCUCUUACUAAACCAAUUUCAUGUCGGUUAAUUGUAAAGUCCUAUUUGAAUUAUGUAGGUGUGAGUUUGUAUGUAACUUUGUAUGUGCGAAUGAUUAAAAGAUUGAGCUACAUGUACGUCUGUGUAACUUAAAAGUUCUUUUAUUUGUUCCUUUUAAAAUCUUAAAAUGUACAUUUUUUGUUAUAAGUUGUAUGUUACUUAGGCCCCGAAGCAUUUUUUUUUUUCGACAUUUGAUCUGAACUAUUAAUUGUCAUUUUGAGAAGAUCCAGAGAUUAUUUAUAUUCAAAUAUUGACUUUUAAUCCUCCAGAUAUUACAAGUAUAAAUAAUAUAACAAUUCAAGGACCAACAUAUCCGUGCAAAAUACACUAUUAUCAGCAACUACCUCAAUCCACUUUGUUUUUCAGUCUUAAAUGAAUUUCCCACCAUUAGAAAGAAUUAUCUUCCUUGACAAACUUUAACCACCAGUAGAAAGAAUAAUCUUCCUUGACAAACUUUAACCACCAGUAGAAAGAAUUAUCUUCCUUGACAAACUUUAACCACCAGUAGAAAGAAAAAUCUUCCUUGACAAACUUUAACCACCAGUAGAAAGAAUUAUCUUCCUUGACAAACUUUAACCACCAGUAGAAAGAAUUAUCUUCCUUGACAAACUUUAACCACCAGUAAAAAGAAUUAUCUUCCUUGACAAACUUUAACCACCAGUAGAAAUAAUUAUCUUCCUUGACAAACUUUAACCACCAGUAGAAAGAAUUAUCUUCCUUGACAAACUUUAACCACUAUCUGGAAUUUACCUGCUUUCCCACUUUAUGUAAGAUGUGGUUAUCUUGUCUUACAAAUUACGAAAGUUACUUCAAAAGAGAAGAUAAUUACGUCCUACACAUUUCAGGUUUCAAUCUAGUCAUACUUUUUAAUCAGUGACAUAAACUCUUAACCUUUGGUUUUCCUGGCAACCCAUUCCAUGCUCCAAGAGCACUAGGGAAGAAGGAGCACUUGUAUGAAUUAGUCCAAGCGUAUGGAAUAAGAUUGUAUUAGGUUUGGUUUUAUAUUUGUAAAUUAGUGUUUAGUGUUUUAUGUACUACUUCACUUUUGAGUCUUCUGUCCUGAAGUCUCAUAAAGUGAUUUUUACUAAUGGUUUUAUUCUAGUCAAAUGUGAAUAUUCGUUUGUUAUAAACCCUCUAUUUUGUGUCUGUUUUUUUACGUUUUCUUGAAUUGAUGGAUCCCAAAAAGAGGAUACAUAUUCUAAUAUAUUGGCCUAACUAAGGCUUAGUUUUAUGUUUUUGUUUAAUUUGUUAAAAUUUCUUUCAAUAAACCCUAAUGUUUUGCUUGAUUUUUGUUAUCAAAGAACCCUCAUAUUGAUGAAAUUAUAAUUUUCAUUUAUUAUCUAUUCUUUAAACAUGCGUAUGAUAGACGCCCCAUUCUACCUUUUGCAAUUGACCUGCCAUAUUGUAUUAGAAUUUGUCAAUAUUUACUGUAUGUUUAAAGUCUGUUUAUACUGGAUUCAUAAUUACUUCAUCACAGUAUUUAUUCUAAAACAUAAAACUCUAGCAAUAGACCAUACAAACAAAAACAAAACAAACUUGUCUAAAAAUGUAACAUUCAAAAUGUCAUUUUAUUUUCAUUUUGUCAACAAAGACGUGGAGUAUAAAAAUAUCAAAACUUUGUACAAGAAUAGUUUCAUGCUAAUUAAAUGGCAUUAAGAUUGACUUCUAAAAGAAUAGACCAAAGAAACCAAGUGGGCCAAAAUUAAGGACAUUUGGUCCAUAAAAAGAGUGCAUUUAAACAAACAUCAGUCAGCUUCUUGUUAAAGGUCCUUAUUGAAUCAGUUAUGAAAUGACAAUAUAAAUAUCAAAGAGAAAUUGGAAAUCUUCCCAUUAAAAUUAAAUAAAUGACAGCAAUAAUUGUAUUAACAUAUGCUUUUUUUUUUAUAUAUAUUACUGAAUUAUAUCAGUUCAUGGUUUGAUUUUGAUGUAAAUAUUUUUAUUUUUCAAGAACUUACACAUUUCCAGUGAUUUUAAAAUCUUUUCUGGCUAACAAAGUUACGGGCAGCCAAAUGUUUCAUUGUAGUAAUAAUGAGACAAGGCUGCUUUCUUUCACCAACACUUUUCAAUAUUUUCCAUGAAAAGAUAAGGGAGGAUGCUAUUGAAGAAGCUAAUAAUAAUAAGACUUGUGUUCGAGUCCGAAGAUCAGUGGGGAAUGCAGUAUUUCCCAUGGCUGCGCAGUCCGAGCUGAGACCUACAUAUUUUGCCACAUCCAGGGCAAGCAUAGCCAUUGUUUGCAUGCGGUCGAUUUAGAUUUUCUUUUCGCCGUCUGCGUUUGUCCUCGGCAGCAGAUUUUCUUUUUGGUCUUAAAUGUGUAUCCCGCAGCCUACGCGAGUGACCUCCAGCUGUCUCGUUCCGACGCCGCAUGCAGCCAGGUGCGCUCUUCUAUGUCAGCCAAGGAAAGUUGACGCCUAACCUGGUCUUUGAAGCGUUUCCAUGGGGCGCCUGUUACGUCGACCACCUUUUAGCUCACCAAAAAAGACUGCCUUUGGCAUACGUUCGUCUCCCAUACAGCGCAACUGUCUGACCGAAAGAAGUCCCUCUAUACUGUCCAUACCGGCGUUUGCAAGGACAUCGCUGUUUAUAGUGCGGUCUUUGCCACCGUAUGUCCAUGAUGGAGCUCAAGCAUCUUUGGUGGAAGCACUCAAGAAGUCUUGGAUGUUUCCUGUAUAGCAGCGGUUCUCAACCUUUUAAGCUCGGCGACCCCUUCUUACAAUCACCCACUCUGCCGUGAUCCUCCCCCCCACCCCGCACAGGAAUAGAAGAAUAGACAAAAACAAUCCAUUUUUUCGAUGGUCUUUGGCGACCCCUGGCAAAUCAUCAAUGUACCCCCCAGGGGGUCGCGACCCACAGGUUGAGAACCCCUCCUGUAUAGUGUCCAUCAAAGAAACAUUUGAGUCCUUCGUCUAUCCCUUAAUCUGUUGGGGCACCACACAAUAUUUGUCCACAGUCGUUCUCCAUUCCUCUGUCUUUUGUCUUGGAUAGAACCUCUUUCAAUGGCAUGUCCUUCUUUUUCCAGGUACUGUUCCCUGAAGGAAGGUCUUUGUGAGCCUCGUAGACCUUGUAAUAUGGCCAUAAAGUUUUGGUUUGCGUUUGUUGACAGUACUUAGCAGGUCAUCUUGAGGUCCAAUUGCUGUAAUAAUCCUGUUUCUGAUCUCUUCAUUGGCCAUUCCAUGGAUCUCUUUGUUGCUUCUCACUUCCAUUCCUAGGAUGCUCCUCUCUAGUUCUGUAGUCAGAAUCUAAUGCUCACAAUUAUGUAAGGAUGUGGCCAUGACCAGGGAGCGCAUCGUUCUGAUUUUUGUGUCAAAUUCAGUAAAGUAACUAAAGUUUCCCCUUUUCAGACCUUGCGAUCUAUAGGGCAGAUGAUGCAGAGGUCAUCAGUUUCUGUGGCCCAUGGUUCACGAGGGUGUCAUGUGGCCAGCACAACGACCAACCGCCUUUACUUUUCCCCCAACUUAUGUCAAGUACCCAUUAGAGCUGGCUGGAUUCAGAGGCACCCAAAGAUCCCAAAAUUACAAAUCCCAGGAUUCAAACCCGGGUUCGGAAGCCAAGAGCUUUAACACUCAGCCUCCUUAAAGUCUUGGGUGCUCAAAAUAAAAAGGCAUCAUUCGAAAUUAUAAUGGUCAAACCAAGGUUUUUUACUGUUUGGUCAUAAGGUUUUUUAUUUCCACAAUGAUUUACUGUACUUUUAAAUUUCUAGGAAAAUCAUUAGAGUUUGUUACAAAACACUUGUCCACCUAGUUUCCAACUUUUUGAUACCUGAACCUGUCAAGAGUUUGCAAGCUAAUAGCAGGAAUUUUUUUUUAAAGUUGACUAAAUCAACGAAAAUAAAAAAUAUACAAUAACUUUCAUGACCUAUCAAAUUUUUUUUUCUGAUGGGGGUAUCUAUACAUUUCAAAACUGCUCAUACAAAAGAAAACUCCAAAAUUUUUUGUAAAAAUUAAAAUCAUAGAUUUGUAUACACUUUUCAUUACCUUUCAAAAACUUUUUUACAGACAAACAUUUUUUCAUGUACAUCAAGAAAUGAUCCAUUUUGUUUUCCCUGUAUUAAAAAUAUAUAUAUUUUUUUUAUUAUGAUGCGUUUAAACUUAGCAACAUGCUUUGCUCAAAAGAUUUGAUCAUUUUUGAGUGACGUCACACUUCCGUGUCCAGGUCAAGACUUUAUAGACUAGUCGAAGCAAAAGGUCCACUAUUUCAAAGAGCGAAAGAAUGGACAGUCCAAUCCACAAGCCAAUACUUCCGCCAAUGUCUGACAGAAGUGUAGUAAACUAGAAAUGUACAAAGAUUGAUUUAUGUUAAAACAAACAAUUCAAUGUACACUAAAAAUAAACAAAGGAUUGAUAACAUUUUGAUGCUUUCAAAUACUUGUACUCAAGGCCUAUUGUAUUUAUAAAACAGACCAUUAUGAUAAGAAUCUAUUAAAUGAAAUAUUUUGUUUUUUU